AACAUCUUCCCCUUUUCAGUUGACUAUCACCUUGUCUGCGAUACCUUAACUACCGACCCAGAUAGGACUUUAAUAGCCUUAAUUGUAGUAUUAUACCUUUUAUCAACUCCAGAGCCGGCAAAAUGUCUUCCGACAGGAUGGCGGGUGUCAAAGACGUCUUCAAAAGGGGCUGGCACCCGGAGAAAGAGGGCACAACUUUCAAGCAGCAGGUGACUGGCGUCUUCCGCCGGGAUGACGGCGAGCGUGCCGCCAGCGGCCACAGCGCUACACCGAUCUCGCAGCUCAGAGACCCGGCCUCGUUCGCACCGCCGCCGAAACGCACGACCAACAUAAUACCCCCACCGCCCAUCGCCCCGCGCUCGUCGACAUACUCCAGUCCUCAACCUCAACAGGAGGAGGCGCCCGCCCCUGUCCCGUCACCACAACCCCGCAGGGCCAACCCGCCACCCGCUCCUCCAGUGAGACGAAACCAGACCCAGCCCAGCCCACCACCUCCCCGGUAUGAGGCGACAAGUCCUGCCACCUCGGGCCCUCCGUCACUGCCUCCAAGGCUCCCACCACGUAGCGGCAACUUCAGCCCUCCUCCGCCCGCGGCUCCCCAACCAGAGGCCGAUCCAGACUCGGGGGUGAUGAACCGCGGGGCUGUGAGCCGGCUCGGCGCGGCGGGAAUAUCCGUACCGGGUCUGGGCAUCGGCUCAUCAAGCAAGAUCAGCUCCACCGCCUCACCAUCCGACCGGCCCAGCUCGGGCCUCUCAUCCUCGAUCAGCGGGCUGUCGUCUCGUUUCGGCAAGCUGUCGACAUCAUCAUCAUCAUCAUCAUCACCCGCACUUUCAUCAAACGACCCGGCAUCAGCCACGACCGCGCCGAGCGCAGCAAGCGCAGGCGGCGGCACGACCUUUGCUCAGAAGCAGGCUGCGUUCAAGACGGCCAGCAAUUUCCGCAAGGACCCGAGCUCUGUGUCACUGGCGGACGCGCGCGCCGCCGCAUCGACCGCCAACAACUUUAGGCAGCGCCACGGCGAGCAGGUCGCUGCCGGACUCAAGACGGCAAACGGGCUCAACGAAAAGUACGGCAUUGCAGACAAGGUCUCUUCCUACCAGCAGCAGCACCAACCACAGCAACCUGGCGGUGGUGCGCAAGCGGCAGGCUCUCCCGGCGGCGGUAGUGCAAGCAGCCUCGCGUCGACAGCCAGCAUGGCGGCGGGCUUCCUGGCCAAGAAAAAGCCGCCUCCGCCGCCUCCACCCAAAAAGAAGCCGACCAUUGCAGCUGCGGCGGCUACGUCUGGCGGGGAUGCAGAUAUGCCACCUCCUAUACCAAUGUCGACCCGGCCUACUUUUUGAAAAACUUCGGUAUUGAAAGACGCCAAAGGCGUAGCAUAGGCCGAGCCGGACGGAUAUGAUAAAUUUAUGCUAGUUGGAGACCAUCAUGCCCGGCUGGCAAACUGUUGCAACGCGACUCUAUCCCUGGGCUGGAACGCUCUGGUGGCCGUAAGCCUCAAACAAACAUUCAAGUCAUGGCCGGGAUUAUUGAUCGCCGUCCCGAGCCUCCAUUAGAUCCUAGAACUAGUAGGCAAUUCUCUCAACUCGGCAAGCCACAUCCUGUCGUCUUGACGCGUUGUGCAACGAGAGGUUAUUUGGAAUUGAAUGGCUGAGUACUCAAAAUUUACGGGACGUGAUGGACAACAAGUACGUAAUCAGAAUGCGGCUAUGCAUGGGGGCGUUUGCAAGCCAUGCAAAAUGAUGCGGCGAGACUUGCUUCGGCAGCAAAUUGACCAGCUUCACCAGUGCAUACAGAAACAGUAGAAACAGUCUGGUGACUUAAUCGAUCUUUCUUCAACAUAUGUCCACUUCGACAUCACAAAAUCUAUCAGCAUCGGUCUCACAUGUACUCAGAAUAUGGGCUUUCAUUACGUUCAUCCGCUGCGUGUUUGUUGGCAACAGGCGAUGCCUAAUCAGAUAACUCUCCAUGUUUUAAGUUCCCAAAGAUGCUUACUUAUAAUCGCAUAUACAUCUGCCGUCAGAUGCCCG